GCGCCGCGCCAUUAUACACACGGACUUUACGACGUGUGGUUGUGCGAGGUUUUUGCACUGUGUUCACCGUAUUUUCUCCUGCUAUAGAAGUAUCAGUAGUGCUCGAGAAGUAAACGGUAUUUGAGAGAUUUAUUUCAAAGACUUUUUGACAUCAUCGAUGGAUUAUAUGCCAGAAAUUGAAGAACUGCUUGCCAACAACGGAAUCAAGAUGGCGCUACAGACCGGAAGCGACGUGGGUGGCGGUGAGGCUCCUCUAGAUAAUGUUGACGACUUGGAACUCGGUGAGUUGACAGACUUAAUUCAGGAUCUUCGGGAAUUUAUUGCUGGAUCCAACGAUGACAGUGAUAAUUCCACACAAUCUGACGAAAUAGUGAAUUGCACAACAUUGGACCUCAUGCCCGUCUGUGUGGAGGCAGCGGCAGGGAACGAGGUCACCUACAGCAAUGUCCUCCCAGUUGACAAUCAACCCACCUACAGUGUCCUCCCAGUUGACAAUCAACCCACCUACAGUGUCCUCCCAGUUGACAAUCAGCCCACCUACAGUGUCCUCCAAAGCGGUGAUGUGACCACCUACACUGUCCUCCAAAGCAAUGAUGUAACUACUGACAAUGGCGUCCAGAAUGGUCAGUCGUACACAGUGUUGAUGCCCAUUCCAAGUACAGUGGAGCAGAGUCCAGCUUUUGUCGCAUUUAGCGAGGACGAAAAUGUGGAGCACAUGAAUACAGUCUCUCCCUCUGAAGUGUUCGGAGAAGCUCCCAAGAAGCGGGGACGCAAGCGUAAGUCACAAGACGGAUCUGCCCCAGUACCCAGGAGGCGACGCCCCAAGAAGGUCAAAGUUUAUGAGAUUGAAACUCCAUUUGAGGAUGAAGAACAGGAAAGAAAGCGUAAAAACGCCAUGAACGCCAAAAGACAUCGCGACAUGCAAAAGAAGAAUAUGGAGGAGCUGAGGAAACAGCUGGAUACCGUCAAUGCAGAGAAGAAGAGUCUUCAGCAGGAAGUGCAGCAGCUAAGACAGCGGGAGACGACGUUGUUGCAACAGCUCAGUCUCUACCAGCAGCAGCAGCAGCAGGGAAAUGUUCUCUACAAUGUGGUGGUCGUCUAGAGGCGCCUCCCCCGUCAUCUGUAGCUGCUCUCCAAAAAAAAAAAAGUCACCCUGACCUAAAACUACCUCACCCCGAGCAAGCAGGGUGAUGUUACCCGCUUGUGACACCACACAGCACAAGUACACGGCAGGAGGGCCUGAUUGCCCGAGUGCCACCACUAUUACCACCCACGCUCGGGGCCACCUGGCACCUUGCAACUUUACACUACACUUACACUGCCUUCUUUUCCGCUUAUAUUGUUCUCUGACAAUAUUUAGGCAAUUUUUAAGUAGCCUAAUUCAAUGCUAAUUGUCUGAUAUUUUCAUAAUUAUUGAUAUAAUGAUAUUUGAUAUACGGGUAAUAUAAACGUCUGUGAUAAUAUAGCUUUAUUUUACUGCAAUAUUAAACUUUUGCAAUAUGCAUAUUUUAGGAAAUUAGUUUUUAGGAAUUUUUGAAAAUGUGACAAAUACUGCCGAAUCUUAUUUCUAUUUUCAGCUGGUGUUGUAGCUGUCAGCGAGUGUUGGUGCUUGUGUUCCAGCGCUUGUGUUCCAGUUCGUCAGAUGGUGGACGUCACCACUUAACCCUCUCAAACCUGCAACUAUAUCCACUACUGAUUUUCAUUUCUCAUGGUAAGUCUUGCCCACUAAUUUUUCCUGGAAUAAGACUCAUCAGUUGGUUAACAACCAGGUACCCAAUUACUCCGGGGUGAACAGGAUUGGCACCUAGUCAAUUCUCCCUGGCCAGGAGUUAAACCCAGGACUAGAUCGCUCGUGAGAUGUAGGGUCCAUAAAUGCAGCAUUGCCUAGCUUAUGGUGAAUAUGUAUCAAGCAAAUAGUCCAACAGUACUGUAUCUUCUCCUCCAGUCAAGUCCAACAGUACUGUAUCUCCUCCUACAGUCAAGUCCAACAGUACUGUAUCUUCUCCUCCAGUCAUCUUUUCUAAGGUGUCACAUUUUAUUUCUACACAGUGUGAGAGUGUUCUGUCAGAGGCAAGAAUUUAUGUCCAGUCAGGCAGGAUGACACCUGGGUGCAGGUGCAACAGAUAACUUUUAAAACGAUGUUUCAUAACCGUUUCUGACCUCAGCACCCACCCCACUGUAGUAAACAAUUUAACAGUCCCUACCCUCUUACAUCUGCUUACUGGGAGUAGAUUUGCUUCACUAGUACAAGAAUGAAGUACAUUUAAGUGAAAUACUGUUGAACAAUAUAUUUUGCUUGUUUUCAGCAUUUCCCAUACCCUUAAAAUUAUUUUCAGCAUCCUAGGUUAUGAAAUGCUACAUUAAAAAUGUAUUACAGGAGUCACAUAUUAGGUGUUAGGGUGGCACUGAAGUCAAACCAAGCAUUUAAAGACCAUCAAGAGGUACAUCUUUAAAAAUUAAAAAAUCAUACCAAGUCCACACUAUGCAUCACAGUGGACUACCCAGUGAGUCUUAAUAACUUUUUGUGUGCGUAGUUUGCCAAAUCCACUGCCAUUUAUUUUAAGACACUUGUGGUCAAAAUAUAAAUAAUCUUUUUAUAGGAAAGCACAAAAUGUAUGUGAAGGAAUCCAACAAGAUUUGUGUGUUACUAGGUAUAAAUGUCUUCCAUUGCCAACUGGUGCUUCAACUUAAUGCAUUAUGGGGGGUUAACUCCCAUUAACCAGACAUGCUCCUGCUAAUGGGGAUAGAGAACUAGAAAUUUGUCUGUAUAAUCCAAGAAUUCAAAUACAAUAGGAGUUUCCACUGUAUAUGAUGGUGACAUUUUUUUGGGGGGGGGCAUGAUUCUGUGUACUGUAAAGUAAAACUGCACUAUUAAUAUGGAUUGAGGUAUUCAAAUAAUUUGGUAAUAAUGAAGGAGGCCUGGUCAAUUAAUUCCAUUGUUCUCAAAAUGUUAUUGUUUAAUUGGAAGCACAUGCAGCUUUUGUUUAUGGUACUCUUAGGAUUCCCAUACAUGAUGAUGCUUGGUUAUUCUAGAAGUGUUUGAAGAAUGGGCAUUUGUACUUCCAGAAUUAUAAUUGAAUUGUUCCUGCAUGUUGGUACAUACUUUGUUUCAAUGUAAUUUUGUUUUAUGGCUCUAUAAUCUACACUUCUUCACUUCAUAACAGCAAGAAAUUUUUCAGGUAAAAACUGAUGUGCAUGUUAUAUAUGAAGUUUGCAGCUUGGCUCUCUCGGAGUCUUGGAAUGCUUGUGAACCGCUGUACUACAGCUGUGGCUGCUCUAUCUCCAGUGUCUGGAAGUGGCAACCUUACCUGAAAAUGUAUUUAACAACAGUGGAACAUCUGUCAGUGGAGAGGAGAAAGAUAUCAGGGACAUAAUGGGUACUACUGUAUACAGUACUGUAUUUGUGCAAUACUUCUUUGAAGCUGUGAUUUGAUUUGUUUUGUUUACAUUUGACCAAUUUACCAUUAGUUUAAGAUAACUAUAAUAACUUGAUUAGCAUUAUAACUGUUAAAUGAACAUAUAGAAUAUGAGUACAGUAAUGAAAUCAUACAAUAUGUUUUCCACGUUGAAGUCCCUAAAUAUACAAGCACUACACUCAUUCUCCUGUGCACUCUUCAUCUUUCAUAUGUUUAAGAAAAGAAACUUAUGUCAGCCUGUUAAUCAGAAUCUGACUUACAUAAUUACAGUACUUCAUAAUUAUUAUGGGUUUUGCCUAAUAUAAUUAACCAUAUUUUUCAUCAGCUUUUUGGAAAGCUUGUAACUACUGUUAUAAUUAUGUCUAUGCCUAUAUAGCUAACUAUUGAAGUGUGACAGUUCCCCCUCAAUCUCUCCAACCUGUACUCUGAAGCCUUAUUUGUGUCUCCCUCCCUCCCCAUCUCAUCAUUCUCUCUACCACCACUGUAAUUGCCAUUACAACUACAGUACUACCAAACUCCACAACCAACAUCAAUACCAUUACAAACAUACCACUGCAAUUACUGAAACUACAGUAACCACUACAAUUACCACAACUACUGCCACUCGCUCACAUCAGCCACAAAUACAGUCAUUCACCCACAAUUUGUCACAUACACAGCCACUCACCCCACAAUCUGCCACAAAUACACCCAAUUGCUUAGAUCUACCACAAAUACUGUACAACCAUUUGCCCAUAUCCACCACAGAUACAGCCACUAAAUUUAUAUAUUUAGUUGUGUAUGUGAUAUAAACAUUUUACAAUUAUGUUGCCACCUGAUGCCAGCUAGCUAAUUCCUCAGAGUUUGCCCAAAUUAUUUAUAAGUACCAGUACUGUAUUUUUUUACAACAGUCCUACAUAGUCUUUCUGACUUCGUGUCUUCUUUUGAUAAUUCCUUAUUUACUUGACAUGAUAUUAAUUAAUACUUAUACAAUACUGUAACUACCAUUACUGCAUUUCUGAACACAUUUUAAUAUACUUUUUAUAUCAUUUAUGAAUAAACUACCAAAGCUCA